AUGAAGGAGAUCCUCGUUAUCGGUGGUACUGGUGCUCAAGGUAGUAUGGUGGUCAAAGCCCUAUCGCAAAGCAAACGCUACCGUGUAAGGAUUUUGACCCGCGACUCUCAAUCUUCGCGUGCUCAGCGCCUUGCGGGGCUUCCGAACGUCAAAUUGAUAGAAGGGAGACAAGACAACCAGCUUGACUUACACAGGGCAUUCCAGGGCGUGUACGGAGCAUGGGUCAAUACCGACGGAUUCAGCCUCAAUGAGAAGGAGGAGCUAUUCUAUGGUAUUCGGACUUACGAAAUUGCCAGACACGAGCGUGUGCAACAUUUUAUCUGGGCAAGCUUGCCCUAUACUCUAAAGAACGGGAACUGGGACAUAAAAUACCAUGCGGCUCAUUCAGACUCUAAAGGCAGAGUCAGGGAUUUCAUCCUUGCUCAGGGGCAAGGGGAUAUGAAAAGCUCCAUUCUCACAACGGUUCCGUACAUGGAAAUGCUUAUUGAUGGGGUUUUUGUCCCCCAAAAGCAGCCGGAUGGUUCAUUUGUUUGGCUCAAUCCUGCGACAACUGGCAAAAUUCCUCUUAUCGCGCUUGACGACGUUGGUCAUUACAGCUUAUGGCUUUUUGAUAAUAUCUCGGAGUCAGCGGGGAUGGACCUGAAGGUUGUCACUGACUAUGUUAAUUUUGAAGACAUUACCAAUACUUUCACCAAAGUGACGGGUAAAAGAGGACUUCAUAAGUCUUUGCCCCUGGAGGAAUAUCUGCCUUUUGCUGAGCCGUUUCCCAACGCGCCUGUGAAUUGGUAUGCAGGUCCGAAUGCAGCUCGCGACGAGUCAUUGCUUUCAUGGCGGGAUAACAUCACGGCUUUUUGGCGACAUUGGGACGACGAAGUGGAUGUAGUAGCGAAUAUGGAUUUACUCAAUCGAAUUCACCCAAACCGCAUUAAAAGCUUGGAAGAAUGGAUGAGGAAGGUUGAGUAUGACGGUAGUAUGAAACCAAUCAUGAAAGGUCCGGAGGACUUGCGCCGGGCAAAGAUAGAAUUGAAGAGAGGUGGGAAAUUGUAA